GACGCUCGGGCGCUAUUCUGUUCUUUGCUUUGCCGCUGAGAUUCUAAUGCAACGGAGCCCAGUCAAGCUCAGAUUAUGCCAUCUCAACUCUUCCUUCCAGAGCGUGCGGACCUGAGGAGCACAUAAAACGGCAUGGGCACAGACGCAACGCCGCAUCGUGCAUACCGAAACCUCUUCUUGUAGACAGGAAUUGUAUUUUCUUCAGUCACUUCAGAUGGCAGAUCUUCAGCAAGGAGGAGCAGCCUCUCCCCGAGCCCAGCAGCUCUUCUGAACGCGAGGGAUCGGAUCUGAAAAAGCGCAGGUGUGCCCGGGGUGCUUCCAGCUGCCCUUGUGCUUCUUCCCGAAGGGGAAAGUAUCAGGAUUACCAGCAGAUGCACAUUGAAGGACACUCCUGAUAGAUACUGGUGAGGAAGAAAGGAGGGAAAAAAGCUGCAAACUGUAAGAGUCGGGAGCUUGCGCGCAAGGCUCAACAUAUCACUGGAUUCUACAUUUAUACCUCAAGAAAAAUGUCAUCUCAGACGAAGAUUAAGAAGGACAAGGAGAUCAUUGCGGAGUAUGAAACGCAAGUGAAAGAGAUCCGUAAUCAGUUGGUGGAGCAGUUCAAGUGCCUGGAGCAGCAAUCAGAGGCUCGGAUCCAGCUGUUGCAGGACCUGCAGGAGUUUUUCCGGCGCAAAGCUGAGAUUCAACUGGAGUAUUCUCGCAGUCUGGAGAAACUGGCUGAAAGGUUCUCAUCAAAGAUCCGCGGCCCGAGGAAAGAACAACACCUCCUUUCUUCAGUAAACUGCUGGUAUCUGGUUUUGAACCAGACUCGAAGAGAAAGCAGAGAUCAUGCCACACUUAACGACAUCUACAUCAACAAUGUCAUUGUUCGCCUGGCUCAGAUCAGCGAGGACGUCAUUCGGCUCUUCAAAAAGAGUAAAGAAAUUGGCAUUCAGAUGCACGAGGAGCUGGUGAAAGUGACAAACGAGCUGUACACUGUGAUGAAGACGUAUCACAUGUACCACACAGAGAGCAUCAGUGCAGAAAGCAAGCUGAAGGAUGCCGAGAAACAAGAGGAAAAGCAGUUUAGCAAAUCCGGAGACCUCAAUGUCAACCUCCUGCGCCACGAGGACCGACCCCAGCGCCGUAGCUCGGUCAGGAAGAUUGAGAAGAUGAAGGAGAAGAGGCAAGCCAAGUACUCGGAGAACAAACUGAAAUGCACGAAAGCCCGCAACGACUAUUUAUUGAACCUGGCAGCCACCAACGCCGUGGUGGCGAAAUAUUACAUCCACGAUGUUUCGGAUAUGAUUGAUUGCUGUGACCUCGGAUAUCAUGCUAGUCUGGCACGCACAUUAAGGACGUAUCUGUCCGCUGAGUAUAACCUGGAGACCUCUCGCCAUGAGGGUCUGGACAUCAUUGAGAACGCUGUGGACAACCUGGACCCUCGUAGCGACAAGCACAAGAUAAUGGACAUGUACAAUCAGGUCUUCUGCCCACCCAUGCGCUUCGAGUUUCUGCCGCACAUGGGAGAUGAGGUGUGCCAGGUGAGCGCCCAGCAGCCCGUUCAGACCGAACUUCUGAUGCGUUACCACCAGCUGCAGUCCCGCUUGGCCACGCUCAAGAUUGAGAAUGAGGAGGUGCGCAAGACUCUGGAUGCCACCAUGCAGACCUUACAAGACAUGCUGACAGUGGAGGACUUUGAUGUAUCAGACGCCUUCCAGCACAGCCGAUCCACGGAGUCCAUCAAAUCCGUGGCUUCCGAGAGUUACAUGAGCAAAUUAAACAUUGCUAAGAGACGAGCCAAUCAGCAGGAGACAGAAGUCUUCUACUUCACUAAAUUCAAGGAGUACCUGAACGGCAGUAACCUCAUCAUUAAGCUGCAGGCCAAGCAUGACCUGCUGAAACAGACUCUGGGGGAAGGAGAAAGAGCCGAAUGUGGAACUACAAGACCCCCAACCCUUCCCCCGAAACCACAGAAAUUGCGGAAACCAAGGCCUCGUUCCAUCUAUAACCAUAAGCUGUUUAACGGCAAUAUGGAGAGUUUCAUUAAGGAUUCAGGUCAACCCAUUCCUCUGGUGGUGGAGAGCUGUAUUCGAUACAUUAAUUUAUAUGGGCUGCAACAACAAGGCAUAUUCCGAGUUCCAGGAUCUCAGGUGGAAGUCAACGAUAUUAAAAAUUCAUUUGAAAGAGGUGAGGACCCGCUAGUUGAUGAUCAGAGCGAUCAUGAUAUCAACUCCGUGGCUGGUGUUCUCAAGUUGUACUUUAGAGGGCUGGAGAACCCUCUUUUCCCCAAGGAGCGCUUCCUGGAUUUGAUCUCCACCGUCAAGCUUGAAUCAUCUGCGGAAAGAGCCCACCACAUUCAGCAGAUCAUCGUCACCCUUCCUCGUACCAUCAUCAUCGUCAUGAGAUACCUGUUUGCUUUUCUAAAUCAUCUGUCCCAGUACAGCGAUGAGAACAUGAUGGACCCGUAUAACCUUGCCAUCUGUUUUGGACCCACUCUGAUGCCCAUCCCGGAGGGUCAGGACCCCGUGGCCUGCCAGGCUCAUGUUAAUGAGGUCAUCAAGACCAUCAUCAUCCACCAUGAGGUUAUCUUCCCUAGCCCGCGUGAGCUGGACGGUCCUGUCUAUGAGAAAUGCAUGACUGGAGGAGAGGAGUACUGUGACAGCCCUCACAGUGAACCAGGCACCAUUGAUGAAGCGGACAACUGCACCGAACCACACACAAGCGAUGAUGAGGUGGAGCAGAUUGAAGCCAUUGCAAAGUUUGAUUACAUGGGUCGGACUCCUCGAGAGCUGUCCUUCAAAAAAGGCGCAUCCCUUUUGCUGUAUCAUCGUGCAUCUGAGGACUGGUGGGAGGGCCGACACAAUGGGGUUGACGGCCUCAUACCUCACCAGUAUAUAGUAGUACAAGACUUGGAUGACGCCUUCUCUGAUAGUCUGAGUCAGAAGGCUGACAGCGAGGCCAGCAGUGGACCUUUACUGGAUGAUAAAGCCUCAUCCAAAAACGAUCUGCAGUCCCCGAGUGAACCUUCGCCUGAUUACAACUUCAGCGGGGUCAUGGGACGGGUUAGGUUGCGUUCGGAUGGGUCUGCCAUUCCUCGGCGCCGCAGUGGCACCGACUCUCACAGUCCACCCCGAGACACACCGCCACGGGCCGCCGCCUGCCCCAGCAGCCCCCACAAGGUGGCUGUUAGUAGGGGCCACAUAGAGAGUCCUGAAAAGAGACGUUUGGGAACCUUUGGCAGUGCAGGCAGCAUUAACUACCCUGAGAGAAAAGUCUAUCCUGAGGGUCAUCCGCUCAGGCCUGUGCCAGGAGCAACAAGACACAGCAGCCUGGGAGACCACAAGUCCUUGGAGGCUGAGGCUUUAGCAGAGGAUAUCGAGAAGACAAUGAACACCGCACUUCAUGAGCUCCGUGAACUGGAACGGCAAAACACGGCCAAACAAGCUCCCGACGUUGUUCUGGAUACGUUAGAACCGCUCAAGAACCCUGUGAGCUCCGAGCCAGCGAGCCCCUUACACACCAUCAUGAUCCGAGACCCGGACGCGGCCCUGAGACGCAGCAGCAGCUCCACCUCUGAGAUGAUGACCACCUUUAAACCGGCGCUGUCCGCCAGAUUGGCCGGAGCCCAGCUCAGACCCCCGCCUAUGAGACCUGUGCGACCCCCGCCCACGCAGCACCGCUCCAGCAGCUCCAGCUCCUCUGGGGUGGGAAGCCCUGCCGUGACCCCCACAGAGAAGAUCUUUCCAAACAACGCGAGCAACGCUGCGGCUUCCUCCGCUUCUGGCGAGAAACCCGGGACCAUGUAGCAGGAGCAGCAGGCCCGUGGUGCGGUGUAGCUACCUGCGCUGGUGAGGGCUAACCAGGGCAAGAUGCUCAUUCCAAGAAGGAAGUUCAGGAGUGCUAUUUAGUUUUUGAAUUUAUUUUUUGAGCCUUUGAGAGUUCUAGAAAUGCACAUAGGUCUGAGCUGUGGCCUAGUGGUUUGACAUGUUGAGCGGGGUUGUGGAUUAUGUGAGUUGAGUCUGGCUCAGGUGAUUUCCCCAUUCCAUUCUGUUCUUCCCAUCAUUUCCUCCCCUCUCUGUGAAAAAAGUGACAAAAAAUACUAAAAUACACGGGGGAAAAAAACAAUUCCAGGGUAAAUUUCAUCAAAAUAAUUAUAAUUAUUAAUUUUACCUCAGAAUUAAUAUUAACCUGUCAUUUUUGACCACAUUUAUAUGUGAGUUUUAUUUAGAGCAAGAUCAAACGAGUGGUUUGCAUUUGUUUCUCUCUGCACUGGUUGGCCAAAAGAGUUCUGUUAUUCAAGAGUGAAUAAACUCUGAUUGGAGGACUGUUUUAAAAUAAGUGAUAAGCCCCGCCCUCCAGAACUGGACUGUACAUAUAAUAUAAGCAAACGGUCACUCGAAGACUGUCUAACACGGCCAGCUACCUUUGAGCUGUUGUAAAUAGAGAUAUACUGUACUUGAACUUGUAAUGCCUUUCGUUUGUAGAAUAAGCGAUAUACAUCUAAGUAACAACAUAGCCAAGCUGUAUACAUAUAUGAAAUGCAGAAAACCAAUAUACCAACUAAUUGUAAGAAACCUGUGGUAAAAUGUAGUUUUACUUGUAUAUAAAUUUUGGGUAGAUUCUUUUUUUAAGUGUCAAUCUUGUACAGCCGAGAACAGAAGAGGCAGGGAGACUAGAGAAUGGCUUUUAUCAAAAACAUUUACAACCAAGAAGCAAACAAAUAGUCUGAGCCAUUAAUAUUAAUAUUGGUUUGAGGAGUGCUCUACUCUUUUCUUUGUGUUUUUUGCGUCACAUCAGCUUCCCAAUGCAAAAAGCAGUUCAUCAUGCCGAAUUUACACAUUUAAAUGCUUCAUUCUUACAAAGUUACGUGGCUUUAAGGCAUUCCAGUGAGCUCCAUGUUAUUGAAAGCAUCCAUCAAUUAUGUAUUUCAAAUAGCCCUGCUUUGGAUAUGUAUCUCAUAUAUACUCCGUCAACUGAUUAUAUGAAUAUUAAUACUUAGUAAAAUAACCAGAUGAUACACAAGCAACCAAAGUAAAAGGGUGAAUCGCACCAAACAUGCCCGGGACUUAUUUGUUAAAAAAAAAAAGUCAUCAAUUGAUGUGACUAUGGAAGCCUGUUUCGGGCACUCAGUUAAAAAAUAAAAAUGGUUAUUGUGACUUUUUAUCUCACAAUUCUGACUUUUUUUUCAGAAUUGGGAGAUAUAAAAUCUGAAUUGCGAGAUAUAAAAAUUCACAAUUCUGACGUUUAUCUCAGAAUUGGGAGAUAUAAACUCGCAAUGGCAAGUUUAAUGAUAGAAUUGUGUGACAUAAACUCUCAAUUGUGAGUUACAAUGUCAGAAUUGCGAGACAUAAACUCAUAAUUGCGAGAAAUAAAGUCAGAAUUCCGAGUUAAAAACUCACAAUUCUGACGUUUUUCUCAGAAUUGAGCUAUAUAUACUCGCAAUGGCAAGUUAUAAUGAUAGAACUGAGAUGUAAACUCAAUUCUGACUUUUUUUUUCUCAGAAUUGCAUGAUAUAAACUCGCAUAAAAACUCGCAAUUCUGACUUUUUUUCUCAGAAUUAAGCUAUAUAAACAAUUGCGAGUUAUAAUGAUAGAAUUGAGAUAUAAAUUUGAUUCGGACUUUUUUUUUCUCAGAAUAGCGUGAUAUAAACUCACAAUUUAGAUUUUUUUAAUCAGAAUUGCAUGAUGUAAACUCCCAAUUGCAAGAAAUAGAAUUGCGAGAUAAAAACUGACUUUUUUCUCAAAAGCAAUACAAACGUGCAAUUGAGAGUUAUAAUGUCAGAGUUGCAAGAUGUAAACUGAAUUCUGACUUUUUUUUCUCAGAAUUGCGAUAUAAACUCACAAUUCUGACUUUUCUCUCAGAAUCGAGCAAUAUAAAUUCGCAAUUGUAAAUUAUGUCAGAACUGUAAACUCACAAUUUUGAUUUUUUUCUCAGUAUUGCAAGAUAUAAACUCAUAAUUUUGAUUUUUUUCUCAGUAUUGCAAGAUAUAAACUCAUAAUUUUGAUUUUUUUCUCAGUAUUGCAAUAUAAAAACUCACAAUUGACUUUUUUCUCAGAGUUGCAUGAUAUAAACCCCCAGUUGCAAGAAAUAAAGUUAGAAUUAGGAGAUAAAAACUUUUUUUUUCAAAAGCUAUAUAUACUCCGGUGUUGCCAAGUCUUCCCGCAGAAUUGGGCUACUUUAACAAUGUUUGUCGCGGGUUGUUUUUCAUGUCCGCGGGUUGAAGCAACACCAAAAAUGAAAUAUUUAUCACCUGGAAUGAUUAUUUUACCAGGGGAACCCCACCAAAACACAAGUAUUUUACCCCCCCCGGAAUGCGAUUUUUAAAGGGGGACGCCCCCUCACUACUUUUGGGCUAGUUUUGAGUAGCAGGUUUUGUAGGCGGGUUUUGUGUAAACCUGGCAACCCUGAUAAACUCACAGUUGAGUUAUAAUGUCAGAGUAAGAUACAAAACUCACAAUGCAAAUUAUUUUUUUCUCCGAAUUACGUGAUAUAAACUCACAAUUGCGAGGAAAUAAAGUCGGAGUUGCAAUAUAUAAACUCACAAUUCUGAUUUUUUUGUCAGAAUUGCGUGAUACAAACUCGCAAUUGCGACACAAAGUCAGAAUUGCAAGAUAAAAGCCCCACAAUUCUGACUUUUUUCUCACAAAUGUGAGUUUACAUCUUGCAAUUCUGACUUUAGACUUUAUAGACUUUAUAACUCACAAUGGUGUUUAUAUCACGCAAUUCUGACUUUAUAACAAGCAAUUACAAAUUCAUAUCACAAUUCUGUCAGAAUUGUAAGAUAAAAUGUCACAAUUACCUUUUUAUUCUUUACUGAGUGGCGGAAAUGGGCUUCCGUAAAUGACAAUAAUAUCAUAAUACAGAAAAUUCUAAAAACAGGCUUUGGUUUUGUAUGCAAAAAAUAUAUUUACAUAUUUUUUUUUCUUUUGUUUUUAUGAUGAUCCGAACAUUUUUUGGUGAGAUUCACCCAAAAACUUGUGUAUGUCAAAUAUACCCAGUCUCUAGGGGCAGAUUCCUCCUUUUGAUCUAAAUAUUCAAUAGCCUACACAAUAAUAUCAUAGUACAAAAAAUAUAUAUACAAUAAUAGAAAAAAAAAAAACUAAAAA